CGGCUAGAGGCGCGGAACAAGGCGCAAUAGAGAUAACAUGGCGGAGGGUGCAAAUUGGAUGAAGGAGUUGAGUUUGUGGAAAAAGGCUGCAGUUUUCAUCGGAUCUGGGGCUGUGAUCGCAGGUGCGGUGUACGCUGUCCUCAGGCACAGGAAAAAGUCUGAACUGGGUGAAAUCGGUGUUAUGGCAAUUCAGGAAGUCGCGCAAGCGGAUUUACCUGAGAAGCGCAUUCUGGUUCUGGGUCUGGAUAACUCGGGGAAGAGUAGCCUGCUACGCUGCCUGACACAGUCGGAGAACGCUGGUCCUCCAGAUCCCACCGAGGGCUUCAAUGUAAUGUGUGUACAGACACAGGCAGUCACACUCAACAUAUGGGAAGUUGGUGGCCAGGAGAGCGUCCGUUCAUACUGGGAGAACUUUGUCAAGGGCACAGACGUGCUGGUGUUUGUUGUGGAUGCAGUUGACGAGGCGCGAUUGCCAGAGGCAAAAGAGGAACUCCACAAGCUGCUAGCAGACGAAAGGCUGAAAAGCGUACCUCUGGUGCUCAUUGCAAAUAAACAGGAUCAGGCAACAGCCAAGCGAGGCGCCGAUUUCAUCUCGGCCCUCAGUCCGUCCGUCCCGUCUCAGGAGCGUGAGGUCCACGUGGUGGAGACGCAAACUGUACUUAACGCAGGCAGCGACAACGUGCAACAGGUCAUGGAUUUAAUGGUGUCACUAAGUAAGAACUGAUUGCAAUGCUACAUGCGGUUGUGUACCCCGGGCAUUCAGCUUGUAAGCACACUAUCUGCACUGGUAAGCAGUCACGGUAAUGCAGAAUAUGAGGGAGUCACAAAACGAUGCACCACCAAGAAUUUCUCACAGAU